AACAUAAAAUUUUUGUUUUUAAUUACAAAUACUAUUUUUUUCCUAAAAUGGCAGACAAUAACAAUCAUACUAAUUCCGCUUGUGUUGAAUCUAAUAUGGAUCCGAUGUCAUAUGAUGUGGUGGCUGUAUCAGCUGAAUUUAUCCAAACAAGAACAAAAUAUCGACCCGAAAUUGGAAUAAUCUGUGGAUCUGGUCUGGGAGGAUUAGCAGAUCUGGUCGACAAACCAGAUAUAUUUCCAUAUAAUCAGAUUCCAAACUUUCCUGUGUCGACAGUGCCCGGGCAUGUUGGUAGGUUACUCCUUGGUAAUCUUGAGAAGGUUCCCGUUAUUAUCAUGCAGGGUCGAUUCCACGCAUAUGAAGGCUAUGAACUCUGGAAGACGGCUAUGCCGGUCAGAGUGAUGAAACUACUCGGAGUUCAGAAGAUCAUUGUCACAAACGCAGGAGGAGGACUAAACAAAGGUUUCCAAGUUGGGGAUAUAAUGUUCAUUAAAGAUCACAUUAACCUUCCAGGUUUCUCCUGUCAGAACCCCCUAAGAGGACCUAACGAUGAGAGAUUUGGACCUAGGUUUUUCCCAACAAAUGAUUUGUACUGUCAUGAGUACAGGCAGUUAGCAAGACAGGUUGGACAAGAGUUGGGGCUUCAAGGAGUGAUGAGAGAAGGUGUUUACGCAAUGUUGGGAGGACCUAAUUAUGAGACUGUAGCAGAACUUAAGAUGCUUAGGAAGAUGGGUGUGGACAGUGUUGGUAUGAGUACACUUCCAGAAACUAUUGUAGCUCAUCACUGUGGAAUAAAGGUGUUUGCCUGUAGUUUGAUCACUAACAAGUGUAUAGUUGAGUAUGGAUCUGAUAUUGAUACUAACCAUGAAGAGGUAAUAGAGGUUGGACUAAGGAGGGCAGAGGAUCUUAAACAGUUUGUCACAAAAAUGAUUGUGAAAAUGAGCACUAUAUGAAUUGAAUGUUAAUCUCUUUUAAUCCAACUUUUGCAAAGUCAACUAUUAAAAGAGAAUAAAUGAAUUAAUAUUUUCA